CAUAAAAGCGGCUCAUGACAGUUUUUCACUCGAAAAUCUCGGAUUGAAGAAAGGUUUUCCGAGGCGAUCAAAUUAUAUUCAGGCAUGUUCCGAUCCUGUUUUCGAAGAAAGAGAUCAAUCCAGGAAAAGGUGGCAAACAAAGGGGAACCUUCCCUGUCUCAGCAGAGUGUCCCGGAUGCUCCUGCUGCUGCUGCCGCACCAGUUUCAGCCCCACCACCAAAGGUGGGAGAAACUACAAACACAAAGAGGAAGAAGAAAUGGCCGACUCACCUCUUCAGUUGGUUUCAGAAGAAGGACUGCGGUGCUGAUUCAAAGACCAGUGAGGCCACUGCAUCGCAGUCAACGAGGAAGCAAUCCUGGUGGCCUUUUAAACUCUUCAAGAGUAAAAACCGGGUCAGUCCAGCAUCCGACUGUGAGGCAUCAAAACAAACAGACCCCAAACAUGCAGCAGGUGGAACUAAUACCAGCACAUCCAGCAGUACCCUUGACGACUGCAAUGAGAACAGUCUGAGAACCGACUACAGAAUAUACAAGUUGAUUCAACUGGUGAACAUCUUGUGUGCAAAUUUGCCAGCAGAUGAAGACUUGCAUGCACGCAUAUUGGAGGAAACUGGGAAACAGCUGCUAGGGGACGACAUGGCUACCAGUGGGAACACAGAAACUCCAGAACCGGAGAAAGUAUCAAACCCGGACGGCCAAAGGACCAGCUACUUUGGGUUUCCAAACAUCGGAAACAGCUGUUAUAUGAACUCCUGCCUUCAGACCCUCCUCAGCCUGCAGGAUUUUAUGAGCAGUAUCAGCUGUCAAGAAAAUUUGUGGGGUUCAGUUCCCAGAGCUGAGCUCUUAAGGCGAUUUACUGACAUCAGGGACUGCCGUCAAUCAGGAGAUUACAGUGUGAAACUCGGCCGCCUGUGCGCCUUUAAAAACACAUUUGCCAUGUAUGCUCCUGAUUACCGUGACAGUGGAGAGAAAGAUGCUCACGAGUUCCUAACUCUGCUGCUGGAUCAGUUCCAAACGAUGUCCUCUGAGCUGCAGAUGACGGCAACGCUCCUGGGCCAAAGUUACACCUGCCCAGUGGAAGACCAUUUUGUUUUCCACAUGGAAAACGUGAGAACAUGCAAGCGCUGUGGAGCUGAGACAUCACACCAGGAGAAGUUCACGAGUUUAUCUCUGGACCUCGUUGGGGGAGGUUCCAUUUUGGACAUGUUAGAGGCUUCCCUGCAGGAAAAAGAGUUGGCGUUUAAGUGCGGGUGCGGAGGGUCGACAUCUGGACUGAAGUCGUCCUUUGAUACGCUGCCAAAAAUCCUCAUCUUGCACCUCAAGAGAUUUUGCAUCACUCCAACAUACAGACUGAGGAAACUGUCUGACCCCAUCGGGCUGCAGAGGGAUUUGAUGGUGACAUCCAAUCAGGGUGGUGGCUGCUAUAGUCUUGUUAGUGUCAUCAGCCAUUAUGGAAACAUACAGACUGGACACUACAUCUCUAAUGCCAUCCAUCCCGAUGACAGUCCAUAUGAACCAACAGAUCGGUGGCUCACAUUUAACGACAAACAUGUCUUUGAAACAACUGGAUCCACCGUUUGCAAGGGACAGAACUGCUUGGCGUACAUCCUGUUUUAUAAGCGCCAUGUCUAGAACUGGAUGCACCAGGAACCAGGAGUGGUCAUCAAGCUACAGAUGGAGGAAGAAUGAACAUCCUAAGCCGCUCUGUCGCUGACUCCUGGAACAACUGGUGGUAACCCCGUGCCUUAGGAGGAAGGGUUCCUCCCAGAGAGCCUGGUUCCUCCCAAGAUUUCUUCCUCCAAGAGGGAGUUUUUUCUUGCCACUGUCGCCCCACAUUCACUGGUCAAGAGAAGCGACCAUCUCAUCAGCAGAGACAUUAUUCAAAUCCCAGAUAGGGUCCACGUCCUGCUGAAAAGACUAGUGCUGCACUGAUAUUAAGUUCAACUUGUUUGUCAAAACAGAAAUUUAUUAAGAUAACGUUAGAAAAGUAAAAUUAAUCAUUUCCAAAUCAGUGCAUCACCAGUAGAGAUGGUUCUUUUCUCGACCCGUGUUUGGCUUGCUCUCUGGGAACAACAAAAAUACUUAUGUAAAAAAAAGUUGAUUUUUUUUUUUUUUUUUACAUAAGUAUUCAAAUAAGUAUAUAAAAAAUUGUAUAUAAAAAAACCAUAAUA